CGAGCGUGACACGGGAGCGCGCGCUCGACGGUGCGCGGCGCGCGUGUCCGUGGAACGGGAGGCGGGGGGAGGGCGAUGGAGGCUCGCGCGGCGACGCAGUGACGUCCCUCCCCGCGCGCACCUCCGCAGUCCGCUGCGAUGCACGAGCUGCGCACUCUCCCUCCGCCAGAGACGGGAGCGCGCCGGGGGUAGAAGGAGGAGAACGAGCAGAAAGAGGAGGAGAAGCGGGAGGAAGAGCGAGAAAAACAGGGAAGAGCGAGAGAAGGAGCGAAGCGAAGGAGAGCAGCGGGAGAGGAGGCGGCAUCAUGGCACCGGUCGGGCUCAAGGCGGUGGUGGGAGAAAAGAUUAUGAACGAUGUCAUAAAGAAGGUGAAAAAGAAGGGAGAAUGGAAGGCUCUAGUGGUGGACCAGCUCAGCAUGAGGAUGCUGUCGUCCUGCUGCAAGAUGACGGACAUCAUGACAGAGGGCAUCACCAUCGUCGAAGACAUAAACAAGAGACGAGAGCCGCUGCCUUCUCUGGAGGCCAUUUACCUUGUUACACCCACCGAGAAGUCUGUGCAGACCCUCGUCGCGGACUUCAAAGACCCCCACUCGUCCAAAUACAAGGCAGCCCACGUCUUCUUCACCGACUCGUGCCCGGACCCCCUGUUCAACGAGGUCGUGAAGAGUCGCGCCUCGAAAAUCAUCAAGACCCUGACGGAGAUCAACAUCGCCUUCCUGCCCUACGAGUCGCAGGUGUACUCUCUGGACAACUCGGACGCAUUCCAGAGCUUCUACAGCCCGCACAAAACGCAGCUGAAGAACCCGGUGAUGGAGCGGCUGGCCGAGCAGAUCGCCACGCUGUGCGCCACACUGAAGGAGUACCCUGCCGUGCGAUACCGGGGGGAGUACAAGGACAAUUCCACUCUGGCCCAGCUGGUCCAGGACAAGCUGGAUGCGUACAAGGCAGAUGACCCCACCAUGGGAGAGGGCCCGGACAAGGCCCGCUCGCAGCUCAUCAUCUUGGACCGAGCCUUCGACCCGGUCUCCCCGGUCCUGCACGAGCUCACCUUCCAGGCCAUGGCCUACGACCUGCUGCCCAUCGAAAACGAUGUCUACAAGUAUGAGACCAGCGGCAUGGGAGACUCCCGCGAGAAGGAGGUGCUGCUGCACGAGGAUGACGACCUCUGGGUGACAUUGCGGCACAAACACAUCGCCGAGGUGUCUCAAGAGGUGACCCGCUCCCUGAAGGAUUUCUCUGCCAGCAAGCGGAUGAACACCGGCGAGAAGACCACCAUGAGGGACCUGUCCCAGAUGCUGAAGAAGAUGCCCCAGUACCAGAAAGAGCUGAGCAAGUACUCCACCCACCUCCAGCUGGCUGAGGACUGCAUGAAGCACUACCAGGGUACCGUGGACAAGCUGUGCCGUGUGGAGCAGGACCUGGCUAUGGGCACCGAUGCCGAGGGUGAGAAGAUCAAAGACCCCAUGAGGGCCAUCGUCCCCAUCCUGCUGGAUGCCAGCGUCAGCACCUACGACAAGAUCCGUAUCAUCCUGCUCUACAUCUUCCUCAAGAAUGGGAUUACGGAAGAGAACCUGAACAAGCUGAUCCAACAUGCGCAGAUUCCCCCUGAGGACAGCGAGAUCAUCACCAACAUGGCCCACCUGGGGGUGCCCAUCAUCACAGAUUCCACCCUGCGCCGUGGCAAGAAGGUGGACCGCAAGGAGCGUGUCAGCGAGCAGACCUACCAGCUGUCCCGCUGGACCCCGCUGAUCAAGGACAUCAUGGAGGAUGCCAUCGAGGACAAACUGGACACCAAACACUACCCCUGCAUCUCCACACGUUCCUCUGCCUCCUUUAGUACCACUGCUGUCAGCGCCCGGUACGGCCACUGGCACAAAAAUAAGACCCCUGGCGAGUACCGCACCGGUCCCCGCCUCAUCGUCUUCAUCAUCGGUGGGGUGUCCUUCAACGAGAUGCGCUGUGCCUAUGAGGUGACGCAGGCCAAUGGCAAGUGGGAGGUCAUCAUCGGAUCAACUCAUGUCUUCACCCCCACCAGCCUUCUCGACGCGCUCAAGGCCAUGAAUAAACCUGAUGAGGAGCAGGCUAGCUAAAAAAAUCACCCACCGCCACACUGCUUCUCUGUUUUCUCCACCAAGUCCCUCCCACCCCUCCAAAGGACGCCAGCCGAUCCCAUUAUUCCUAUAUUAAAUGUGUAUGCAUCUUGCUUGAGAGGAAAAAAAAAUAAGUGGAAGCAUUGAUAAUAUAUAUAAAUGAAAAUAUAUAACAUGUUGAGACAAAAGAAAUCACUGCAAGUAUUCUCAUGUUUCAAAAUGGAUGCAAACAAGGUUUACGUCUCAUCAGAUAAGGCCAUUGGAAAUGGAAAGUACCAAAUUUAACACUGUAUGCUAUGAAAAAUGCUAGAAUGUGUAAAUGGUAGAUUUUCUUUGUUCCCUCAGUUUUCUUACGAUGGUGUGUGUAAUUGUUUUGGACUUGGGCAGAGGAGGGAUGUUUGAUAUGGAUUUCACAGGAGGGUCACAGCAAUGAUUCUAUCUCAGGACACAAUGCGUUCUUUGCGGACGGAGACCUGGGAGUGCAAACUGUUGCGUUGCCAUUGUGCACAGAGCUGCAGCGUGAGCCCACGGAGCCCAGGAGGUGGCGCUCCGCACAGCUUUACCAGCGUUGAGUAACAGCUACAAGAUGGCAUUGUGUCAAACACCCAAAGUCAGAGGGGGAAAAAGGGAAAGGGGGAAAAAAAAAAAAAAAAAAAAACUAUUAAAAGGGACCAAGACAAUAAGCUUUGGCAAUUGAUUGCUGUAAAUAGCUACUGGGUUGCCGAUUAUGGCGGACGUCGUCCCUCCUCUCCCUUUGUGAAUGGGCAUAUUUAUCCUAAAGGUUUGUUUUCUGGGAAGAAUUCACGUUUUAGUGUCAAAAGGCCAUUGCUUGCGAAACGUUUCAAAGGGCCGGUUGUAUUUCAGUAUUGUAUUCUGUCCGAUUUAAGUCUCAUCAUUGAUUAGUAAUGAAUUUACCUGCCCAUGCACUGAGUACCGUGUUGUUGUAUAUUGCCAUAUGUUGAUGUUUCAGCGUCCCACCGUUUCUAGUGAUAUUUCUGACUGUGAAGUAGUGAAAACAUUUCCUUUGAAGAUGCCAAUGUGAAGCCGCUGUGUUUGUGAUGUUUUAGCUGUAGCUGUAGUGGUCUUGGGUAAAAAAAAAAAAAAA